AUGUCUCGUUUGUUCAGAAUUGCAAUUGAUGGUCCCGGUGCAUCAGGCAAAAGCACUACAGCUAAACUUUUAGCUAAUAAACUGGGCUUUGGUUACAUUGAUUCUGGAGCUAUGUUUCGAGCAAUCACGUUGAAAUGUUUAGAGCGAAGUGUUAAUCUUCAGAACGAGAAAGAAGUAGCCCAAUUAACAGAAAAUGCCUCCAUAACAUUUCCUCAACAAGGUCAAGUCGAACUAGAUGGUCACGACGUUAGCGAAUCCAUCCGUACUUCAGAAGUAACAAGAAAUACAAAAUUCGUUGCAUCAAACCCUAUGGUACGUGAAAUAUUGGCACAACAGCAGCGCGCAAUGGCUAAAGGUGACAUUCCAGGUGUUGUCAUGGAUGGUCGUGAUAUUGGAACAGUUAUCUUGCCUGAUGCUGAAUUAAAAGUCUUCAUCGUUGCAGACGUAAAAAUACGAGCUCAACGUCGUUUUGAUGAAUUGAAAAAGAAACAAGGACCUUCUUUUAAGGAGACGCUCCAAGGUAUUCAAGAAGACCUUGAAAUUCGAGAUUUGAGUGAUCGCACACGGAAGGUGGCGCCUUUGCUACAAGCAGAUGAUGCUGUCCUUCUGGAUACAAGUCUUCUAACAAUUGAAGAGCAAGUAGGAGUAAUUGAAAAGAUGGUAUAUGAACGUCUUAGUAACUUCUUAUAA